AUGGCAUCGAUGAAGUUUGAUCUACCGCUGCUGGAUUACAAGACGAGAUUUACGCUGUGGCAAGUCAAGAUGCGGGCGAUUCUGGCACAAUCUUCGGAUCUUGAUGAGGCGCUGGAUGGUUUUAGAGGCAAAGGGCAGAAGUCAUGGACCGCUGUAGAAAAGCGAAAGGGUCGUAAGGCUCUGUUUCUGAUUCAACUUCAUCUACAUAAUGAUAUUUUGCAAGAAGUGCUGCAGGAGAAAACUGCCGUAGAACUUUGGCUUAAGCUGGAAUUGAUCUGCAUGUCCAAGGAUCUAACCAGUAAGAUGCACGUGAAGAUGAAGUUGUUCACGCACAAGCUGCAAGAAGGUGGUUCGGUGAUGAACCACUUAUCGAUCUUUAAGGAGAUCGUUGCCGACCUAGUGUCGAUGGAGAAUAAGGAGAAAAGAAAUGGUACGUAUAAACCAAAAAACAAAUCCGAUGGUGAUAGUAAGGCCUCUGUUGUCUUCGCUGCUGAUAGUUCUGAUUCAGGAGACGUUCUUGUUGUUCUUGCUGGUUGUGUUGCUAGUCGUGAUGAAUGGAUACUUGAUUCUGCAUGCUCGUUUCAUAUAUGCUCUAACAGAGAUUGGUUCAGUUCUUACAAGUCUACGCAUAGUGGAGAUGUCGUGCGUAUGGGAGAUAACAACCCACGUGAGAUCGUGGGCAUUGGCUCUGUUCAGAUCAAGAUGCAUGAUGGCAUGAUACGCACACUAAAAGAUGUGAGACACAUACCAGGGAUGGCCAGAAAUCUCAUCUCCCUCAGCACACUUGAUGCCGAGGGGUACAAACACUCCGGUUCAGGUGGAGUGUGUAAGUUAUAUGUUCUUAGAGGAAGUACUUUACAUGGUUCCAUCACUGCUGCUACUAUUUCUAAUGAUGAACCAAAAUUGAUCAAGAGAGACCUGCUAGAUGGCUGCAUUGUGGGUAAGAUAAAGUUCUGUGAGCACUGUAUUUUUGGUAAGCACAAGAGGGUAAAAUUCAAUGCAUCUAUUCAUAUCACCAAAGGUACACUUGAUUAUGUACAUGCUGAUUUAUGGGGGCCGUCUCGUAAGACCUCUUAUGAUGGUGCUCGUUACAUGCUUACCAUUAUUGAUGAUUACUCUAGAAAAGUGUGGCCCUAUUUUCUAAAAAAUAAAGAUGAUACUUUUGCUACUUUUAAAGAGUGGAAAGUUAUGAUAGAAAGGCAAACUAAAAAGAAGGUGGAGAACAUUUAUGAGCCGGCUACGUACACUGAAGCUGUUGUUUCUGGUGACCGCGAGAAGUGGAUUUCUGCUAUGCAAGAGAAGAUGCAGUCACUCGAGAAAAAUGGCAUAUGGGAUGUUGUGCGCUUGCCUAAACAAAAAAAGGCCGUUCAUUGUAAAUGGAUCUUCAAGAGAAAGGAGGGCUUAUCUCGUACUUUACAAUGUGCUAGUAUGGAUGAGGAUUUUGAGUACAUGUCAAGAGUUUCAUAUUCUAGUGUUGUUGGUUCUUUGAUGUAUGCCAUGGUUUGCUCUCGUCCUAAUUUAUCAGAUGCUAUGAGUUUGGUUAGUAGAUACUUGGCUAAUGCUGGUAGAGAACAUUGGAAGGUUGUUCGGUGGAUUUUCAAGUACCUUCGUGGUACAACAAAUGCUUAUUUGAAGUUUGGCAAGACUGAUAAGGGACUCACUGACUACGUGGAUUCAGAUUUUGUUGUCAAUUUGGAUAAGAGGAGAUCUCUCACAGGUUAUGUGUUCACUAUUGGUGGUUGUGCUAUGCUUGCGUAG